CGCACUGCCCCGCCACGCCGCCUCGCUCCGCACAGCCCUCGACAGCUCGGCCGUUCCACAGUUGUGUACAGAGGACUCCAGCAGCUGGUACAUCCAGUUGGUAUCAAGAGAGACCCCCAGAGCCCACAGUCAGAGGCGCCGCCUUCCCCGAAGGCCAUGGCGAGGCCCCCGCUGCUGCCCCUGCUGCUGGUGCUGCUCACCGCCGGUUGCGGCGUCUACGCGGCGCGCAGGUGCCAGGACACGCACGCCCAGAGCCAGCUCGACCUCAACAAGGUGACUGGUCAGUGGUAUGUGGUGGAGAUCGUGGAGCACGACCCUAAGGUGCUGGAGAUGUCGAUGAUCGAGCAGCGCAAGUGCCCCAUCGUGGUCCUGCACCGGCAGAACUCCACCGGCAGCUGGCUCACGCUCAAGUGGACUGAAGGCAGAGAUGUUGUCGUCUACAACCUCAACGUCACCGACAUGCGCAGGGCUCUCGGGCGCUGGAUGUCCGUCGGCAAACAGGAGGGGUCGAUGACGCGGCGGGAGAACUACCAGCACUUCGACGGUGUGGUGCUGGUGCUGAAGGCCGUGGAGGACCACAUGGUGCUGACGUUCUGCGACCGCAACCCGGAGCGCUCGCCCUACACGCUGGUGCUGUCGCGGGCGCAGCGCAUGCCCGGCGACGACAUCGACAGCAUCAACAACAUGAUGCGCUUCCGCGAGUUGUACAUGGGCCUGGUGAAGAGCACCUGCCCUGGCGCCGCCGCCGCCGUCGCUCACUCGCCCGCGCUGCUCGCCGUCGGGGCGCUGGCCGCCGUCGUUCGCCUGUUGCUCGGCCGUGCCGGUCCGUCCUAGGACGCCGACCAACUCUGAGGGCGCGGGUCUGCGACUGCCAGCGGCGACGUCUCAAUGGCCGCCACCGCAGAUGCUACCCGAACGUGUGGCGUUACGUGUACUUCAGGAACUGCUCUGACCGGCGAAGCGGAAACAAACGAGUGCUGUUAAUUUCACCGAAAUGUGAAACUGUCGAGCUCCUGGUCCUUAAGAAAAACACGUCAUCCUUCCAGGAACGUCAUGACGUUCAUUCCAUCGAGCACCUCGAGACAACGUAUGAUGACGUAGUUUUGUGCCUUCUGUAAAUAGCUCGUUUCCAAAGACUCUACAUUUCGAAUAUUUUUCCAAUGUUCAGACCUUAUGUCUUUGUCACCAACGCUG